GCUGCGGGCCUGGGACUUCCUGUCCUGCUCCGUGGGGCUCUGAGAAGAGUCCCACUAUGGACGGGACCCGGGGUGGUGGGGGCUUGCUGAGGCGCGGGCGGCUGCGACGCCGGCGACAGCCACAGUCACAUAGCGGGUCGGUGCUGGUCCUGCCGUUGAGGCCCAGGAAGAUCCGAAGGCAGCUGAGGCGAAGUGCUGCAUCCCGCGUGGCCGCGCUGAGGGCCCAGACGCUGCCAAGCGACGACUCGAGGGUGGAAUCGACUGAGGACGAUCCUAGGGACCCGCUGCCUGGUGGGCCGGCAACCACCCCGGAUGCGGUCCGGCGAGAGCCGUACGGCCACCUCGGGCCUGCAGACCUGCUGGAGGCCUCCCCCGCGGCCCGCUCCCGGCAAACCCCGCCGGUGCGCCUGGUGCAGGCUUCGGUGCCGCCCUCACGUUUUGGGGAGGUACCCGCCACGCCGAGCAGCGUGGUGGACACGCCCGCCCUACUGUGCUCGUCCCAGCACUCGUCGGCCGCCCCACCGUCUGUGGCGCCAGCGACGCUGUCGGGGCCACAGGUGGACAGCAAGGGCGGGGAGCUAGCCUGGGACUCACCGUUAAAGCGUGUCUUGGCGGAGCUUAACCGCAUCCCGAGCAGCAGGCGGCGGGCGGCGCGCCUCUUCGAGUGGCUCAUUGCACCUAUGCCACCCGAUCAUUUCUACCGGCGCUUGUGGGAGCGGGAGGCGGUGCUGGUGCGGCGGCAGGACCACGCGUACUACCAGGGUCUCUUCUCUACUGCCGACCUAGACUCCAUGCUUCGCAAUGAGGACGUGCAGUUCGGGCAGCACCUGGACGCCGCGCGCUACGUCAACGGGCGGCGCGAAACCUUGAAUCCGCCCGGCCGCGCCCUGCCCGCCGCCGCUUGGUCCCUGUACCAGGCUGGCUGCUCCCUGCGCCUUCUUUGUCCGCAGGCUUUUUCGACCACCGUGUGGCAGUUUUUGGCUGUGCUCCAGGAGCAAUUUGGAAGUAUGGCUGGCUCCAACGUUUACCUCACGCCCCCCAACUCUCAGGGCUUUGCUCCCCACUACGACGACAUCGAGGCUUUUGUGUUGCAGCUGGAAGGUAGGAAACUUUGGCGAGUCUACCGACCCCGGGUCCCAGCUGAGGAACUGGCCCUGACAUCCAGCCCCAACUUCAGCCAGGACGACCUUGGUGAGCCAGUGCUGCAGACCGUGCUGGAACCUGGAGAUUUGCUCUAUUUUCCUCGGGGCUUCAUUCACCAAGCCGAAUGCCAGGAUGGAGUGCAUUCUCUGCACCUCACCUUGUCCACGUACCAGCGCAAUACCUGGGGUGACUUCCUAGAGGCCGUACUGCCUCUGGCAAUUCAGGCUGCAAUGGAAGAAAAUGUGGAGUUUCGUAGGGGGCUGCCCCGAGACUUCAUGGAUUACAUGGGGGCCCAGCAUUCGGAUUCUAAGGAUCCGCGAAGAACUGCUUUCAUGGAGAAGGUGCGAGUCUUGGUUGCCCGCUUGGGACACUUUGCUCCUGUCGAUGCGGUGGCUGACCAGCGAGCCAAAGACUUCAUCCAUGAUUCUCUGCCUCCUGUGUUGACUGAUCGGGAGAGGGCCCUAAGUGUUUAUGGGCUCCCAGUUCGCUGGGAAGCUGGAGAACCUGUGAACGUGGGGGCCCAGUUGACAACAGAAACUGAAGUGCACAUGCUUCAGGAUGGGAUAGCUCGGCUGGUGGGUGAAGGAGGCCAUUUAUAUCUCUAUUAUACAGUGGAAAACUCCCGUGUUUAUCAUCUGGAAGAGCCCAAGUGCUUGGAGAUAUUCCCCCAGCAAGCCGAUGCCAUGGAACUCUUGCUCCGCUCCUACCCAGAGUUUGUGAGAGUAGGGGACUUGCCCUGUGACAGUGUGGAGGACCAGCUUUCUUUGGCGACUAUGUUAUAUGAUAAGGGGCUGCUGCUCACAAAGAUGCCUCUUACCUGAACUAGUUUCUUGUUGAUUCCUGGAAACAAGGCAGUAGUGAUGAUUCUCUCUUACCACCACCGCCUUUUUUGGGGGGAAAAUUCAUGUUCUUACCUUGAUUACCAUCAGUGCGUUCACACUUACCUUUAUGACUGAUUCAAUGUCAUAAAACUCAGAUGGUCUCCUAGGAACCACCACCUCAUCUAGGCACAAAAGUAAAGCAGAGGUUGCAGGAGGAAAAAGGGAGCUAUUUCUACAGAAGUAACCCAAUAUCUGAUUAUUUUGCAGUAAUCCUCAUCCUCAGGCUUCAGUGUACUGUGUAGCACUUGCUGUGUCACUCUGCUUGAGACAUUAGAAGAUUUUAUUUGGAAGCAUUUGCAUCCUUAAUUUGAAUUCUUGUUCAUCGGUUUGGGGGGACGGUUGGGAUUGGCGUCCUGUUUGUUAUUGUGAGUUUGUGUGAAUGUUAGAAAAGUUAUUAAAGUGCCAAAGAAUUUCCCUUUUCUAAGGCUAGAUUAUUAUGUGACAUGGUUUGAGGAGGGGAAGGAAGAUAGGGAAAAUUUGUAAGGGCUGAGGUGAAAGGUAACUUGGGUGGGUGGUUGUUUGAGGCCAGUUCUAUAAAUUUGGCAGUAAUUUGUUCAUUUUAAUCAUGCUUCUUGAACCCCAAAUAACAAUCCUAUUAGAAAAGUUAUGAUAUAUUAUGUUUUUAAGAGUAUGUUAUGCUUUUGCUAAGUGCUGCUUACAUCAGUGGCUGGCACUGUCUCCUACUUUUGCUAUCUUAGGCCUCAGUAAUUCAGCUGUGUAGCAAGCUGGCCAUGAGGGAAGGCUGGUGUUCAAGUUACUUUCCACUCUCAUUUUUUUCUGGUAGUUGGAAGAAACUUCCCCAUAUCGGGCAAGCAAAUAUUCUCAUGGUUGGUGGAAAAGAGCCUGGUGUACCAGAGAGAGCACUGGACUUGGAACCAGAAGACCUGGGUUGGGGUGGUGGCUGGCAGGCAGCUGGCUGAAUGACCUGAGGCUGCUGCUACACAUGGGCACACUGAUUUUGUAAGUAUAUAUUGGUACAGCUUGAUGUCUGCACCUCAUCAUUUAGGUUGUAUCUGGAACUUUUAAAUUCUGUCAGCAUAACUGAUCGGUUCAGUUAUAUAAGGUUGAGAACUUGAUAAAGUCUUUCUUUUUUUUUCCUUUCUUUUUCUAACCCCUUGUCACACCACUGAUUGAAGCGAGACAACAUGACACGCUGCCACUUCACCCAAAAGCGGUGUUUUUACUUUGCCCUUUCUUGACGGCACACUGGGUCAUUAGCGAAAGGCCAACGUGUGCUUUUCAAAGGGGCUAAAGUCUUUCUUUAAAAGUUGCAAAACUAUAGAUGUAUAUAAAGUAAAAAUGAUAGCUCUCCCUGUAACUGCAUUCUCCAGAGGUAACGGAAAAACAUAUUAAAGGUUAAGCAUACAAGGCUUUUUUGGUGUGCCUAACAGUAGUUUUUGUUUUGUUUUAUUCAUUUUUUUUAACCUAACUUUCAGAUCAGUUCAAAUAGAGCUCCCUCAUUCAUUUUUUUAAAAGGAAUAAAACAGGCAAAUAAAGUCAGGAAAAAAAUAACAGAAGGACUGAGAAGAUGUCUAAGAAGGAAGGAGGUAGCUUUUUCAGGCUCUCAUCCUAUAGGGCUCACAUCUAAGUCCCAAAACAUCCAGAACCCAAGUCUUGUUAAAAGCAUUGGACUCACUCCUAGAAAACCUACCAUGAAAAGUUUCUUGAAGAAAAGUAUGGAGUGUCAGUGGUUUUUGCCCCUCUUUGGGUUGCAAAUAAAUAUGUUUUGCUUCCGCCUUCACUUUUUUUAUGACUGUCUCAAUCUUGAAUAUUUUCUGCGUCAGCAAGUCCUUUUGGUUUAGUGUUUGAAUCUGGAUCAGAACAAAUGAUGUUGGAAAAAAACAACCACAUUAGGCUGCAAAUCAUCAAAACACUGAUAAAGUAACUUAUUGCACCAUGCUUAUUAGUAUUAGGUGGUACAUGAAUGCCUGAGAGCAUUGUCCUCUUGUGAUAUUGGUUGAACAUUUUUACACCUGUUAAUGAAAAGUUUACUUAAGCAUUUUGGGUAUGAUUAAAGGAAUCUGCUGAGAAA